AUGAUUUUGACUGCCGAAAACCCGCAUCUUGAAACUGUUACUCGUGUCAUACAUCGCAAAGCUGAGGCCCAAGUGCGAUCCAUUGUGUUGAAUAUAUACUAUGGAAUCGCGGUGAACCAUCCUCGGGUACAGCCUGUAAUCAAUGACCCUGUGGAACGAGAUGCAUUGGUGGGCAUUAUUAACAAGACGAAGGAUCUAUACAUAAUGCCUGGCCAAUGA